AGCAGCAGCCGCCGCCGCGGGCAGCGGGAGCAGCAGCGGCCGGCGGGGCAGCGGGGGCCGCCUCCUCGCCGAGGGUCGCCCGCCCGCUCGCCCUCCCCGGGCCAUGGGCAGCCCCUGACCCCGCCGCAGCGCCGGGUCCAAAAUGACGGUCAAAGCUGUAAAAAUGCCGUGCACCUCUGCAAACGUUUAUACUAAAGUGCCUGACGGAGGAUGGGGCUGGACAGUUGCUUUUGCAUUCUUUGUUGUGGAAGCCCUGACAUACGGCAUCAUAAAAUCAUUUGGAGUCUUCUUCAAUGAUCUGAUGGAAAGCUUUGACGAAACCAACAGCAGGAUAUCAUGGAUAAUAUCCAUAUGUGUGUUUGUGCAGACCUUCACAGCUCCUCUGUCGACGGUGCUCAGCAACCGCUUCGGUCACCGCUUGGUGGUGAUGGCCGGGGGGCUGCUCAUCAGCACCGGGAUGGUCAUCGCCGCCUUCGCCCGCUCUGUCGUGGACAUGUAUGUCACCAUCGGCAUCAUCUCCGGCCUUGGAUACUGCCUCUCCUUCCUCCCGACUGUCACCAUUUUAUCACAGUAUUUUGACAAAAGGCGCUCGCUGGUCACAGCAGUGGCAUCUACAGGGGAAUGUUUCGCCGUCUUCUCCUUCGCACCAGCAAUCACAGCUCUGAAGGAGCAGAUUGGCUGGAGAUACAGCCUGCUUUCUGUCGGGGUGCUGCAGCUUGGCAUCACCGUCUGCGGGUCGCUGCUGCGGCCCAUCAUCAUCAAAGAGCAAGAAGAAGUGAAAGCACAGCCUCCAGAAGAGUCCACCGAGACAAAGUACAUGCUUGAAAAUGAGCAAACAUGCACCUCAAUAGAGUCCAUAGACUCAGGAGUUGAUAUAACUACCUCACCCAGCAAUGUGCCUGGAAAAACCAAAGCAGAGCCGAAAAGUGAAGAACCAAAGCAACACGGACAGAUUCCCGUUGAAAAUAACAGCACCCCUCCAGAACCAAAAACCAAACUACUGGACUUCUCUGUGAUGAGAGACUAUAGCUUUAUCUGUUAUGCAUUCUUUGGCCUGUUUGCAACCCUGGGCUUCUUCGCUCCCUCCCUCUACAUCAUCCCCCUGAGUCUCAGCCUGGGCAUCGGCAAGGACCACUCGGCGUACAUCCUGUCGGCCAUGGCCAUCGCCGAGGUCUUCGGGAGGAUUUUUGCUGGCUGGGUUCUCAACAAGAAGCCCAUCCGCAAGAUCUACAUCGAACUCAUCUGUGUCAUCCUGCUGUCUGUAGCAUUGUUUGCCUUCCCUUUUGCCUCCGAGUUCUGGGGCUUGAUGACAUGUAGCAUUUAUUUUGGGUUCAUGCUCGGCACGGUGGCGGGCACACAUAUUCCCCUCCUGGCAGAAGACGAUGUGGUUGGCAUCGAAAAGAUGUCUUCUGCAGCUGGAGUCUACGUCUUCAUUCAAAGCUUAGCUGGGUUGGCUGGACCACCCAUUGCAGGUGUCUUAGUGGAUACGACAAAGAACUACAGCUCAGCCUUCUACUCCUGUGCUGCUGGCAUGGUCCUGGGGGCCGUGUUUCUGGCCCUGGUGAGGCCGUGCAAGACUGGGCUGUGCCGCCGCCACCGCCACCACCAGCAGCAGCAGCAGCAGGUGGAGGAGAGCCCACCAGGGCCCCCACCAGAAUUACCAGAUGACUUUAUAGACAUGGAUAUUGGAAAAGCAGAAAAUUCAGGAAAAGGCUCUGACAGCGUGGUAUAAAAAAAACCAAAAACUCUGUUCCUUUCUCCAUCUAAUGUACUCGGCGUAAGGCUGGGGAAAAUGUCAGCUCUGCUCCACGUUUUAAAACUACAUUCUAAAGGGAAUGUGAAAUUUUAAAUGUGAACAGUUGCUACCAACAACUUUUUUUUUUUUUUGUUAAAUAUUAGACAGAACUUUUUUAACCAACAAUGGAAAGCUCCAUAGAAAAUACGGAUAGCCACGUAAAAAUAACUCCUGUCUAGCAUGAAGAUGUGAUGCACACUCUUGCUUUCCUGAUAACAAGCAUAGGUAAAGGUUCAACUGAUCCCAUAAAUACUGACAACAGCAACAGCAGAAGCAGCUCAGCCUCUGACUGUCACCCAUCCCCUACCACAAAUUCCACACAGACCAGAAACCGAUGAUACGAACUGGAGACAAGCAUUUCAUACACCACCAGUAGCCAACUGAAUCUUCUGGAGGGAUACAGACUCAUGUUUUAGCUUUGAGGAGGAGGCUAGGCUAGAUAGCUGACACUUAGAAACCAUUGCUAAUGAUCUUAACUUGAAUGUCACAAAUGCUGGGAAAUCAAAGGCUCCGUGUCUCUUUAUGGCCAGUUUUUACUGCACGUAUUUUCCUGAGAUCAUUUUUCUUCUCCUGAUUGGGAUCCCUAGAACUGUUUUCUAUUGAUAGUCAGAUCUGAUGUACUGUUUCUAAUUUAACUAGUAUUUAUUAAUUUAUUCUGAGAUUGUUAAAGGAGGUUAGCUUAAAUAACUGGAGAGGAAAAAUGAUCUUCUGCAUAACGGAAAGCUGUCUUUACAUCAUUCUCUUCAAUGCCUAUCUUGUAUUGCUUGUGAAAUUGUUGGGGAAAUUACUUUUACAGCAUAAAGUGUAGCUGUUUUCAAUAGGUAAGUCUUAAGUAACCCAGUUAUUU